CGGAGGAGAAAGCGCAGCGGAGCAUCUUCUCCUCGCCCAGCAGACACUCGCUCUGUAUUCCGGUGAUUCCUUGCGUGAAGGGGAAAAAGCCCGUACAACUUUUCUUCCCCAGGAUAUUGUGCAGCGUGACCGGGAUGGACUGACGAUGGGAUGGAUUUGAAUAUGGGCCAGUGGGCAGGCAUGCGUGCCCCUCUGCUCGGCCUUGUCUUGCUGCUGCUGUUGUUUCUCUUCAACCCACCAGCCUGCUGUGGCCAGAACAUCCAAGGGACCACUCUAAAUUCACCUCAUUUUGACUUUACUCAGCCUGUGUACCAUGCCACUGUCUACGAGAACUCGGCUGCUCGCACCUAUGCCAGCAGUAAAAUUAAAAUGGGCAUUCACAUGGCCCUGCGCUCCUGGGAGAUUCGCUACAGAAUCACAUCAGGAGAUGAUGAGGGUUUUUUCAAAGCUGAGGAGUAUGUGCUGGGCGACUUCUGCUUUUUGCGCGUAAGAACUAAAGGUGGCAAUGCUGCCAUACUAAACAGAGAAAUCCAGGACAACUAUGUUUUGACAGUCAAAGCCUCCAUUAAGGGAGAUGGGGUCAUGGAGACAUGGACUAAAAUCAGCAUCCAAGUCUUGGACAUGAAUGACCUGCGGCCUCUUUUUUCCCCGACCACAUACUCAGUGACCAUAGCAGAAAGCACUCCUCUCAGAACUAGCAUAGCACAAGUCACUGCUACAGAUGCAGACACUGGCUCCAAUGGGGAAUUUUACUAUUUUUUCAAAGAAAAAAUUGAGCUGUUUGCAGUGCAUCCAACUAGUGGAGUCGUUUCCCUCAGUGGAAAGCUUAAUGUAGAGGAGCAUAACCGGUAUGACUUAGAGAUACUGGCAGUGGACCGAGGCAUGAAGCUUUAUGGAAAUAAUGGAGUCAGCAGCACGGCCAAACUCUUUGUCCACAUUGAACGCAUAAAUUUGCAUGCACCACUCAUAAAUGUGAUCGAACACCACCCCUCGGGGCUUGAUAGAAACUCGGUAUUUGCCAUUGUUACUGUUGAAGAUCCAGAUGAAGGUUUAAAUGGGUAUAUAGACUCAGUGGUCAUUGUUGGUGGAGAUCCCUCUCACCAGUUUUUCAUCGAAAGAUCUAAUGAAAGGGAGUUUGCUAUUAAGGCCUCUGAGACAGUAAACUGGGAGACUUACCCUUAUGGCUGUAACCUCACUUUGCAAGCCAAAGAUAGAGGAAACCCAGCAAAGUUUUCUGCUGUCAAGGUUGUCUACGUUGCAGUUAAACACCAACCGACAUUGGAUGUAAAGUUUGAGCAAGAGAUAUAUGAUGUUAGUCUGAGUGAAAUUUCACCACCAGGCACAAUUGUACAUGCUGUAAAAAUCAAACCAGAGCCAGAUGAUGCAGAAUAUAUCUUGACACCUUCUGCAGAUUCAAAAUUAUUUCAAAUAAAUUCAUUAACAGGUGUCAUAUCCACUCAUGGCUGGUUCACCCAGGUUACACAGAGUAUCUUUAACCUUGAGGUUUUGGAAAUAGAUAGUGAGUUGAAAGUGAAAGUGCAGGUGUCUAUUGUUGAUGCCAAUGACAACACACCAACGUUUUCUCAGUCUUCUUAUGAGGUUUUUGUCAAUGAGAGUGUACCAGUUGAGACAACUGUAUUAACUCUGUCUGCGAAGGAUAUAGAUGAAGGAGAAAACGGAUACAUAACCUAUAGUAUUUCCAGUCUUAUGCUGUUACCAUUCAAAAUCAAUCAGUUUUCUGGUAUUAUCAGCACCACAAAAAAGUUGGACUUUGAAUCAUCUUCCGAGACCUUUGUGUUUGUUGUCAGAGCAUCUGACUGGGGCUCACCUUAUAGACGAGAGAGUGAAGUGAAUGUAACUAUUCACCUGGAGAAUGUAAACGACAACAAGCCCUUGUUUGAGAAGGUAGCAUGUCGGGGUGCAAUCUCCACAGAUUUUCCAGUGGAUGAAGUGAUUACCACGAUGUCUGCUAUUGAUAUCGAUGAGUUAGAUCUAGUAAAAUACAAGAUUAUUUCAGGGAACGAAUGGGGAUACUUUGACCUUAACCCUGAUUCAGGGAUCCUUACAUUGCGACGCCCCCUGGCUACAGCCACUCCAAAGAACGGUGUCUUCAGUCUCAAAAUAACUGCUACAGAUGGCGAGAAUUUUUCUGAACCCAUGUUUGUAAAUAUUUCUCUUGUCAGCGGAAAAUCUUUCCCAAAAGAUUUUGAUUGCAAAGAAACAAGAGUAGCUCAAAAAUUGGCUGAAAAGUUACUGAAGAAGUCAAAAACAAGCACUAAGCCCAAAAUAGAGGAGGGAUUUAUUGACCUUUUUUCUGUCAACCGGCAAAUACCGCAAUUUGAGAGAUCUUUUCCCACUAAUAUCUAUGUCGCAGAAGAUCUAAAGCUCAGCUCGAGUGUUUUCCAGGUAAAUGCCUACGAUGGUGACACAGGUUUUAAUGGCCAGAUUAUUUACUCUAUUUCAGAUGGGAAUAUUGACAGCUGUUUUAAAAUAGACAUGGAGACGGGUCUUAUUGUUGUCUUCCUUCCCAUGGACAGAGAAAAAAAAGAUCGUUAUCUUCUCAAUAUAACUAUUUUUGAUCUUGGCUUGCCACAGAAGUCUGCUUGGCAUUUGCUUACUGUCUACAUCUUGGAUGCAAAUGAUAAUACACCACAGUUUUUGCAAGACGGUGGUUACAAAAUAUCCAUACCUGAAAACACUGCCAUAGGGACAGAUGUCAUUCAAGUGGAGGCCACUGACAAAGAUCUUGGACUUAAUGGAGAACUGACAUACUCUUUUUUGACCAGCACAACCCUAUUUGGUAUCAACUCUACUAAUGGCAUAGUAUAUGUUGCAGGCCAACUCGACAGGGAGUUUGCCUCUUCUUUCAAUUUAAAGAUUGAAGCUCGAGACAAGGCAGACAAAGGGAAAAAGAGAUUUUCUGUAACCUCAUUACAAGUCAUAUUGGAAGAUGUGAAUGACUGUCCCCCACUCUUUAUACCAAGUGUCUACAAAGCCAGGGCUCUAGAGGAUCUCCCAGUUGGAACUGUUGUGGCCUGGUUAGAAACCCAAGAUCCGGAUUUGGGUUUGGGUGGCCAAGUCCGCUAUUCUUUAGCCAAUGACUACAAUGGAUGGUUUGCGAUUGACAAAGCAAGUGGAGCUAUUCGUUUGACCAAGGAGUUGGAUUAUGAGACACAGCAGUUCUACAACCUUACAGUCAGGGCCAAAGACAAAGGAAAACCAGUAUCUCUUCUCUCUGUCACUUAUGUCGAAGUAGAGGUCCUUGAUGUGAAUGAAAACCUCUAUGCGCCAUACUUUUCCCAGUUUGCCUUGUCAGGAUUAAUUAAAGAGAACGCACGCAUUGGAUCUACCCUCCUACAAGUCAGCGCGAAUGAUGAAGAUGAUGGCAGGGAUGGAGCUAUUCAAUACUCCAUUCGGGAUGGGAGUGGGCUAGGACGAUUUGCCAUUGAUGAAGAAACAGGAGUGAUCUAUACGACCGACAUGCUCGAUCGUGAAACCAAAAACUGCUAUUGGCUGACAGUGUAUGCCAGUGACCACGGUGUGGUUCCCCAGUUUGCCACUAUUGAAGUGUUCAUCCAAGUAGAGGAUGUAAACGACAAUGCUCCCUUGACAUCUGAACCGCUGUAUCGACCAUCAAUACCAGAGAACUCUCCUCGUGAUGUUUCUGUGAUCCAGAUUCAAGCCCAGGAUCCUGACUCUCCACUACCCUCAUCUACUGAUAGGCUCAACUUCCGUGUCAUCAGUGGAAACCCACAAAAUUUCUUCACGAUCAACACUCGAACUGGUCUGAUCACAACAACCUCCAGGAAAUUGGACCGUGAACAACAAACGGAACACGUUUUAGAGGUAUUGAUCUCUGAUGGUGGUAUCAGUCCAAGACAGAGUACAGUGUGGGUAAUGGUCCAGGUCCUAGAUGAAAAUGACAACAAGCCAACGUUUCCAGAGAAGGUCUACCAGGUCAAACUACCAGAGAGAGGGAGGAGAAAAAAGGUUGAGCCUUUAUAUCGUGUCUUUGCCUAUGACCGUGAUGAUGGACCCAACAGCGACCUUUCCUAUAGCAUUGUGGAUGGUAAUGAGGAUGGCAAGUUUUUUAUUGACACAAAAACUGCAGUGGUGUCUUCCCGCAAGGCCUUCACUGCUGGGAGCUACGAUAUCUUGACGAUCAAGGCAACAGACAAUGGUCGUCCUCAGAAGUCCUCUACGGCUCGCCUCCAUUUUGAGUGGAUCCAUCGUCCUUCUCCGACAGCAAUGGCACCAUUGUUUGAUGAGCCUUUCUACAAUUUUACUGUUAUGGAAAAUGACCAAGUGGCAGAGAUUGUUGGUGUAGUCUCCAUGCAGCGGAACUCAGGCCCCUUAUGGUUUGACAUCACAGGUCCCAGGUCUUUCCUUGGGAUGUUUAUUAUUCUACAAAGCACUUGCAUCAGGAACUGUUCCUCAGAAGGUGGAAAUACAAACAAUGUGUUUGAUGUCGAGAAGGCUAUGGGGACCAUCAUCAUUGCCAAGCCUCUAGAUGCUGAACAACGCUCUUUCUACAACUUAACAGUGCAGGCUACAGAUGGCACCAAUAUUGCAUACACACAGGUUCACAUCACCGUUACUGACAACAAUGACAACGACCCCAUCUUCUCCCAGCCAUCAUAUGAGGUCAAAAUUUUUGAGGACACGCCUCCUGACACAGAAGUGCUUCAAAUCCUAGCCAUGGACCGAGAUGAGUACCAUCGACUGAGUUACUCCUUGCAGAGCUCCAUUGACCCAAACAGUAUGCGUCUGUUCCGGAUUCAUCCCACAAUGGGCACCAUCUACACAACCCAGAGUUUAGACCAUGAGGCUUGUUCACAGCACAUUCUUACUGUCAUGGUAAAAGACCAAGAGUUCCCUUACCGUAAGAACCUAGCUCGUGUGCUAGUGGAAGUGGAUGAUAUAAAUGAUCAUGUGCCAAUCUUCACCAGUGCUAUGUAUGAGGGUUCAGUUUAUGAGUCAGCAGCAGUUGGAUCAGCUGUUAUCCAAGUGACGGCCCUGGAUAAAGACAAGGGCAAGAAUGCAGAGCUGCUCUAUUCUAUUGAAUCAGGAAAACAUGAAAAUCAAUUUUAUAUUGAGCCAGUUUUGGGAAUAAUCACUGUUGCACGUGACCUGGACUUGUCAAGUAUAGGUCACUACAUACUCACAAUCCGAGCCACAGACAAUGGAUUGCCUACCUUGUCCACAACCACUGUAGUACGUAUUGCUGUCACCAUCUCAAAUAAUGCUGGCCCAAAGUUCCCUCAACCUGAGUACCAAGCGGAUAUUACAGAAAACGUGGCGGUCGGUACCUCUGUCACUACAAUAAAUGCAGUCAGUCAGUCCACUAUUACGUAUGAUAUCAAACAAGGCAAUGCAAAUCGAAUUUUCCAGAUAAACCAGUAUAGUGGGGUUAUUACAACUCAAAAGCUCCUGGACUAUGAAACAAAAGCAUCCUAUACAUUUACAGUGCAGGCUACCAACAUGGCUGGCUUGACCACCAACGCAACUCUUGUAAUCCGAGUUUUGGAUGAAAAUGAUAACCCGCCAGUGUUCAAAGAACUUCACUACCAUGGCAGCAUAAGCGAAGCAGCACCAGUCAACAGUAUCGUCUUAAACGCAGAAGAUUCUCCCCUUGUGAUCAAGGCUACUGAUGCUGACCAGAACCAGAAUGCUCUGCUCCUAUACCAAAUUGUUGAGGACAAAGCAAAAAUGUUCUUCACAGUGGACUCAGGGACUGGCUCCAUCAGAACUAUUGCAAAUCUAGACCAUGAGACAUUUUUCUCCUUUCACUUCCAUGUCCAAGUCUGGGAUAAUGGCAGGCCACAGCUGACUGCAGAAAGUCCGGCUGAGGUCACUGUAGAAGUGAUUGACACAAAUGAUUCACCACCUCGUUUCACACUGAGUGCGUAUGAAGCCGUAUUGCUUCUACCCACCUAUGUGGGAGUGGAAGCUCUGCGCGUGUCAGCCGUAGACCCAGACAAAGAUAUCCCUACAGCACUUUCCUACUCUUUAACUGAUGGAGCAAUCGAACACUUUUCCAUCAAACCAUACAAUGGUAUCAUAAUUGUCAAAAACAAUAACUUUUCCAAUGAACGCUUUCGCUUCAGUGUCAAAGUCUCAGAUGGGAAAUUUACCAACACAGCUCUAGUAACUAUUGUUGUCCGAGAAGCUCUGGAUUCUGGUCUCAGCUUCACUAGUAACCUUUACACUUCCGCGAUUAAAGAGAAUUUAUCAAAUAUCACAAAGGUGGCUGUUGUCAAUGCUGUUGGAAACCGUCUUAAUGAACCUUUGAAGUACAAGUUGUUAAACCCUGGUAAGCAUUUUAAAAUCCGUCCAACUUCUGGCUUGAUACAGACAACAGGUUUAGCCUUUGACCGUGAAGAGCAAGACUUUUAUGAACUGGUUGUUGAGGCAAGAAGGGAGCAUGACUUUCUGCAUGUAGCAAGAAUUAUGGUGAAAGUCCAGGUAGAAGACCUCAAUGACAAUGUUCCAAUAUUUGUCGGACUUCCUUAUUAUGCAGCUGUUCAGGUAGAAGCUGAGCCAGGAUCACACAUUUUCAAGGUUAUGGCAGUUGAUAGGGAUAAAGGAAUUAAUGGUGAAGUGUCUUACUAUCUUAAGGAUGACCAUGGCCACUUUGAAAUCAAUCAGCAAACGGGUAGUCUUAGACUCAAAAGGGCCUUUGAGUCUGAUGUCUCCAAUAAGGAAUAUAUGAUGGUCAUAUAUGCCAGAGAUGGUGGUUAUCCACCACUCUCCUCUACCGUAGAGUUUCCUAUUGUUGUUGUCAACAAAGCCAUGCCGGUCUUCGACAAAUCUUUUUAUUCUGUUUCUGUAAAUGAGGAUGUUGGUGUGCACACACCUAUUCUUGGUAUUAAUGCAAGUAGUCCCGAAGGGCAGCAUAUAUUUUACACAAUUGUUGAUGGAGAUCCAUCUCUUCUAUUCAACAUUGGGUUUGACACUGGAGUCAUAAGUGUUGUCCAUCCUUUAGAUUAUGAAAUAGCAUCGUCCUAUCAUCUGACCAUUAGAGCAACAGACUAUUUGACUGGGGCCUGUGCAGAGGUUGACGUGAAUGUGGCUAUUCAGGAUGUUAAUGACAAUAAACCCAUCUUCCAGAAAAUGUCAUACUCUGUGGUUUUAUCAGAAACCGCCAUGAUUGGGACUGCGGCUCUUCAGGUUAUUGCCACUGACAAAGACUCUGAAAAGAAUAGCAUUGUUCUUUAUCAGAUAUUCUCAGAUGCACACAACAAUACAGACUACUUUCACAUUGACAGCAGCAGUGGACUAAUUCUGACUGCCCGUAUGCUGGACUAUGAACUAGUACAGAAAUAUGACUUCAUUGUCAGAGCAACUGAUAAUGGCUUUCCACCAUUAAGUAGUGAGGUGUUUGUCAGAGUUGUGGUGAAUGACACAAAUGACAAUCCUCCAUUUUUCAGCCAGCUUCUUUAUGAGGCCCAUGUGAAUGAGUUAGCACCAAAGGGCCAGUUUGUUACCUGUGUCCAAGCCUCGGAUGCUGACAAUUUGGAUUUUGAAAAGCUGGAAUACAGCAUUUUGUCAGGAAAUGAAAGGAUGAACUUUGUAAUGGAUAAAAAGACAGGAAUUAUCACAUUCUCCAGCAACAAUAAGCAAAGGAUGGAGCCUGUUUACAGUCUUAAUGUUUCAGUGUCAGAUGGCGUCUUUACCAACACUGCCCAGGUUCAUGUCAAAGUGUUAGCAGCCAAUUUGUAUAGCCCAAUCUUUGGCCAGAAUGUCUACGAAGCGGAGCUGAGAGAGAAUGCUGUUGUUGGAACCAAAGUAAUACAGGUAAAGGCAGCAGAUGCAGACCCUCAUGUUUAUGGUCAAGUUGUGUAUUCCUUUGUCAGUGAUGUUGGCAAGAACCAAUUCAGCAUUGAUGGAAGUGGCAUGAUCACCACAGUGGAAAAGCUUGAUCGUGAGGAUUCUGCAAAUAAAGACAUUGUAUUAACAGUGCUUGCCCAAGACCCAGGUGGACGUGCAUCUUACUGUACAGUAAGAGUUACACUUUUGGACGAUAAUGACAAUACACCUCAUUUCGGUGCAACUGAAUACAGAGCUUCUGUCAAAUCGGACGUGGCAACAGGUUUUUUUGUGAUACAGAUUCAGGCCAAUGAUCCUGACGAUGGUACCAAUGCCAAAGUGACAUAUUCACUCUACAGUGAGGCACAGGUCCCUGUGGCAGACAUUUUGGAGAUUGACCCUGAAAAUGGCUGGAUGGUUACCAAAGGAAGCUUUAGUCACUUGAGGAACUCAGUGUUAUCUUUUUUUGUAAAAGCUGUAGAUGGUGGAAAUCCAGUUCGCCACUCACUAGUGUCUGUCUACAUUCAUGUUCUGUCUCCAGAUGGCAUUAUCCCCUCAUUUGGUCAACACAAGUACUUAUUCAGCAUAUCAGAGGACACACCAAUAGGCUACGCUAUAGGUAUGGUGCGUCUUAACAAUCCUCCUGGAUAUGACAUCUUUACAACUACCUUUUCCUUGAUUAAUGGAGAGAAUGGAGAAAACAACCAAGAUGUGGUAUUUGUGAUAGAUAAAGAUAAUGGUGUGAUCAAGCUGGAUAAGCCAUUGGACCAUGAAUUUAUUAAAGAAUACCACUUCAAAGUUCUUGCCACAGUACAACAGAAUAAGCUGGAUUCUGUAACUUCUGUUGAUGUUGAUGUCAAAGUACUCGACUUGAAUGACAACAAACCAUCCUUUGAGACCAACUCCUAUGAAGUUACUGUUUUUGAAGGAAUACCGAUUGGCACAAAGAUUAUUCAAGUCCAAGCACAUGACUUAGACUCAGGUGCUAAUGGACAAGUAACAUACAGUCUUGGGACAUUAAUUCAAUCAGAGCAUGAUUCAGAUGAACUGAUUCGAAUGUUCGGCGUUGACAGCAACACGGGCUGGAUUUCAUCCCAGAAGAACCUGGACCAUGAGUCCAAUCCCUCAUACACAUUUACAGUGAUUGCUUCAGAUCUAGGGGAGGCCAUAUCUCUUUCGAGUACCACCACCAUUACAGUGGCAGCAUCAGAUAUCAAUGACAAUCCACCCAUUUUCUUGGAGCAACGGUAUAUUGGUACAGUUAAGGAGAGUGACCCACCAGGAGAAGUGGUUACUGUGCUCAACACUAGAGACAAUGACAGUUCUGCGAUCAACCGACAAGUCAGUUACCACAUAACUGGUGGAAACUAUCGUGGUGUGUUUGCUCUGGGCCUGGUUCAGGGUGAAUGGAAAAUGUAUGUGAAAGGACCACUGGACAGGGAGGAAUGCAACCAUUACAUUAUUAAUGUCACUUCUAGUGAUGGACUAUUUUUUUCCCAAGCAACCGUGGAGGUUACAGUGCUAGACGCCAAUGACAACAACCCUGUUUGUGAUCAGGCACGUUACACUGCAUUCAUCCCAGAGAAUCUCCCAGUAGAUAGUGUCCUGCUUAAAGUUGGUGCCACUGAUGCAGAUGUGGGCAUCAAUGCCUGGAUCCAAUACUCCUUACAUGGUCGUGGAUCUCAUGACUUCAGUAUUAACCCAGACACAGGUGAGGUCAAGUCAUCUGUAACUCUGGACCGCGAGGUUACAUCCAACUACUGGCUGGUUGCCCAGGCUACCGAUGGUGGUGGACGUUGGUGCCGUGCUGAGGUGCAGGUGGAAGUGACGGAUGUGAAUGACAACCCACCCAUCUUUACCCUUCAACAAUAUACAGCAAGUGUUUAUGAAGACACUGCCACUAAAGCCCCUCUCACUCGUAUUCAAGCCAUAGACCCUGAUGAAGCUGGUCCAGGACGUGCUGUUGUGUACUCCUUAGCAGACUCUGCCGAAGGGUCCUUCUCCAUUGAUAAAACAUCAGGCAUCAUCAUCCUUGAACGUAUCCUCGACCGUGAGAUUCAGCCAUCUUAUCAGAUAACAGUCCGUGCAUCUGAUCAGGGGUUACCUAUGCCCCUCUCAUCAGUGGUCAAUGUUACAAUCACUGUGCUGGACAUAAAUGACAACCCACCAGUGUUUGAGCGUCGGGAUUGGCUGGUGACUAUCCCAGAGGAUGUGGGAAUGGGCACCAAGAUUCUCACUGUGUACGCAGCUAGCAAGGACAUUGGGACCAAUGCAGAGAUAAAUUACAGCAUUCGGUCUGGAAAUGAGCAUGGAAAGUUCAUUAUCCACCCUCAUACUGGUGCCAUUACUGUUGCUGAGUUUCUUGACUAUGAAACAUGCAAGGACUACUUCCUAACAGUAGAGGCUCGAGAUGGUGGUACACCUCCACUGAGUGCCAUUACGACAGUUAACAUAAACCUAACAGAUGUUAAUGAUAACAGUCCCAUGUUCAGCCGUGAUCUUUACACAGCUGUUGUAUCAGAGGAGGCCUCCAUUGGAGAGUCGAUUGUACAGCUUUCAGCAGAGGAUACAGACAGCCAGUUGAAUGGGGAAAUCCUCUAUUCUAUUGUUAGUGGGGACCGAGACAACCAGUUUUUCAUUGACCCACUCAGCGGGAUCAUCAGCGUCAACAAGCAUCUGGACCGUGAGACAGUCCCAAGCUACUCAUUGGCCAUCAGAGCUCUGGAUAGUGGAACCCCACCCAUGUCGUCCAUUGUUACGGUCAACAUAGACAUCUCUGACAUCAAUGACAACCCCCCGACCUUCUUACCUGCCAACCUUACAACUGUCAUUCAGGAAAACAAGCCAAUCGGUACCAGCAUCAUCCAGCUGUCUGUCAUCGACCUGGACUCCUCGCGCAAUGGCCCGCCAUUUGAUUUCCGAAUCUUGUCUGGAAAUGAAGGAGGAGAGUUUGUGUUGGAGCAAGAUGGAACACUUGUGGCCAGUCAGGUGUUCAGGAGGGACUUGGAAAACAAAUAUGUUAUCCACAUACAGGUGACAGACUCUGGCAGGCCUCACCUGUCCUCCUCCUCAAUGCUGACAGUAAGGGUAAUUGAAGAAAGCGUACAUAGGCCUGUGGCUCUUCCGCUAGAGGUCCAUAUUGUCACCAUGGAGGAUGAGUUUCCCGGCGGUGUCAUCGGCAAGUUGCAUGCCACAGAUGCUGACCCCUAUGAUGCAUUGACCUUUGGUCAUGCCCCGCCAGUCCAUCGCAGUCUCUUCAAAAUCAGCCCUCGUGAUGGAAAGAUCAUUGCCCUGGGAGGUUUGGACGCUGGUAGAUACUCCCUUAACGCCAGUGUUAGUGAUGGGCGGUUUGCUGUUCCAGUGCCUGUCAGUGUGCACGUCGAGCAGGCCACACCUGAGAUGUUGGGUGAAGCUGUGACAGUUCGCUUUGAGAGUGUAACGGCCCAGGACUUUGUAGCUUCACACCUGAAGACAGUCCUGAAGGUGCUGCAGCAGGCAACUGCGUCGCAACAUCGGGAUACUCUUCACCUGCUCAGUCUGCAACCUGUUGGGGGGACGCAGCAGCUGGAUUUGCUUGUUGCUGUGCAAACAGCUGGGGGUGGGUACUAUAAAGCAGCUUACCUUACUCAGAAACUUAGUGCUUCUCGGCGGCAACUAGAGGAAGUUCUUAAAGUGUCAGCCAUCCUGGAUAAGAACUGUUCAGGGCUGGACUGCCGUGGAGCACAGUGUGAACAAAGCAUCAUCUUGGAUUCCCACAACCUGGCAACAUACAGCACACCACGGAUCAGCUUUGUCUCACCACGCUUUCAACGAACUUCGCGCUGCACAUGCACUGAAGUCAACUGUGCUGUUCUGUCAGAACAAUGUGAGGACCAGCCGUGUCCAGCAGACAUGCAAUGUGUUUCAGUGGAUGUCACCAGAGGGCGCUAUGCAUGUCAGUGCCCACAUGGAAAACUUGGAGAGUGUGCAGGUCACUCGUCAUUGAGUUUCUCAGGUAACAGCUACAUUAAGUACCAGCUGUCGGAGCGACUUCAAACUGAACUGAAGCUCAGCCUGAGGAUCAGAACACUGCAGACUCGAGGAAUUAUCAUGUACACUCAUAGUGAGCCUUGCACCAUGCUCAAGUUGGACGAGGGAAAGCUGUGGUUUCAGCUCACAUGUGUACCUGGCGACAGAGGUGGUGACAGUAACCACAUGUUGGGGAUCUCUGGUCGUCGGAUCAACGAUGGCAGCUGGCACACAGUGACACUGGAGGUCAACCGCAACUUUAGCAGUCUCUCAUUGGAUGACAGCUAUGUGGAGGGGCGCAGUGGACCAGCCUACAUGCAACCUCUUGCUGCAGACAGAACCAUCUACUUUGGAGCACUGGUGCAGCAUCCCACCUCACGCAGCCUCAUUGACUCCCAAAAGGACACAAAGGCAAUGGAGGGUUUCCAGGGCUGCCUGGACUCAGUCAUGCUGAACAACAAUGAGCUUCCACUGCAGAACAAGCGGUCACAUUUUGCUGAAGUGGUGGGACUGACCGAGCUGAAGCUGGGGUGCAUCCUCUUCCCUGAUGCCUGCCUGCAGCAGCCAUGUCGAAAUGGAGGAAGCUGUAUCAGUUUGUCCUCUGGUGGAUUCUCAUGCAUCUGUAACCGCCUGUACACUGGAGGGCGCUGUGAGUUGGAGAUAACCGCAUGUGUUCCCAAUCCAUGUAAGAACGGUGGCGUGUGUAGGGCCAUUGGCAACGCUUUCCUCUGCAGCUGCAGAAGAGGCUUUAAGGGUCUAACUUGUGAAAAAGAUGUUAAUGAAUGUGACCACAGCAAUCCUGAGGGCGAGUGUGAGAACGGCGGUACCUGUGUCAACACUCACGGUUCCUUCUACUGUAACUGCACAGCAGGUUUUGUGGGCCAGCGUUGUAGCUUGCGGCCUGUUGUCGUCCCUGACAUGCAAGCAGGGCAUGCAGUGGUUGGAAAGGAGGAAGUGAUUGGCAUUGCUGUGGUGCUAUUCGUCAUGACUACCCUGAUCAUCCUCUUCAUUGCAUUCCGCAAAAAGGUCUUCCAAAAGAGCUACUCACGAAACAACCUGUCUCUGGUGCAGGACCCCGCCACAGCAGCCCUGCUCAACAAAGCUAACGGUCUACAGUUUAAGACCUUGCAUUCUACAGCAGGAGACCCUAUCAACCUUUACUCAGAGACCGGGCUGGGGCCCACUGUGUUGGGAACAGGUGGGAUGAUGGGACCUCCGCAGGUCCCCGUGAGGCCUAUGGGGUACACACCUUGUUUCCAGGGUGAGCCACAGUCCACACUGGAGAAGAUGGUGGACGGACGCACUGUGGAGCAUACAGAAAUGAGCACCUUUCACCCAGAGUCACAGAGAAUCCUGUCAGGGACCACCAGGAAGGGGGUUGUGGUGUGCAGUGUGGCCCCAAACCUUCCCUCAGUUUCCCCUUGUCGAUUAGACUGUGACUCCAUACAAAAAAGCCCAUGGGACAGUGAUGAGGGUAAGAUGGUGGAUAUGACAGAGGAAGUAACAUGUCUCUCAGGGAGCAACAGGGGCAGUAACUCAGAGGUCCAGUCACUAAACUCCUUCCAGUCUGACUCUUGUGAUGAUAAUGCCUCCAUCGUGACCGUCAUUCGCCUGGUCAAUGACGCAGUCGACACAAUCGAAAGUGAAGUGUCAGUCAUGGACCCAAGUCAAAACUACAAUAGAGCAUACCACUGGGACACAUCAGACUGGAUGCCCAACACCAGGUUGUCAGACGUUGAACAGGUCCCUGGCCACAAAUCCCGUACUUGUGGUAAUGUUGCAGCACAGCUUGCAGGAAGUGCCCGUGAAUUAGAGUCCGACUACUAUCUGGGGGGCUACGAUGUUGACAGUGACUACCCACCUCCCCAUGAAGAAGAAUUUUUCAACCAAGACCAACUUCCCCCUCCUUUACCUGUUGUUGAAGACUAUGCAGAGCCCCACACAUUGCUAACUGCCAAUCUUCCAGUUUCAAAAGAGAACACCUUAAGUUCUGUCAGCAGUGGACAUCACUUCCACCCCAGUCAAUAUCUCCCUCCCCAUCAACUUCCUGUGGCGGAGGCAGCGCAUGGUGACUUCAGUACUUCGGCAUGUGGGGUGAGCUCAAGAAAUGUUGACAUGGAUGACUCUGCGUCUCUACAUAUAUGCCUGUCAAUCAGAGCAUCGUUAGCAUCGGACGUGUCAGGCCCCAGUGGAUUGGAGGAUUCUGAACAUAGCAACAGUAUGGACGAGCUGCAUCAAGGUGUCACCAUCAUCACGGACUUGCAGCAACAAACUGAGGUGUGAUUGUCAAGCAAGCACUCGCUGGAAAAUGCACACCAUUUAUUAUUGCCACAGUUGCAUCAAAAGAAAAACAUCAACUAUAAAAACAAUGAUGCAUUUUUUUUAAAUAUUGGUAUUCAUGCAUUUUCCCAUGCAGAAUACACAAUGUGUUCAACAUUUCUUGAUGUGCAGGAAAAUAAGAAGUACCCUUUCUCUUUCGAUAGGAAGUCCUUUUUAAUGUCAGAAAACUUGGCUAGAGAAUGUGAAUAAGAAAGUUUAAUCUGCAAGUGAAUCAUGUGAUGGAGAAUUGUAAGAAAAACCGAAAGGACUUUCAUGUAAGUGAAGAGGUUGAUUGUCACAGAUGCCAAAGGAGUACUUCUUUCUAGAAACGCAACAUUUUCCUUAACAAAAUUUCCAUUAAAUGCUUUUCCUCAUCGUACAAUUUGAAGUGCUUGUACAGAUUUAGUUUAAUGAGCAUAUGUUGUAAUUUAUGGCCACGUUUAUAAAAGUAUUUGAUUUCAUGUGGAAUGUAAUCCCUUGAACCUUGACAAGUAUUGUAUGAAAGCUAAGGGCUGCUGUUGUUGAUCUUAUACUGUAUUGUCUGUAUUUGUCUCUCAUCCCUAGAAAAAAAUGUCUAAUAUUUUAUGAGUAAAUUAGUAGUUAGUCAUUUUAGCCGGAUCAAGUUAUCUUGGAUAUGUUAAAUAGCUUGUUCUGGAAGUGAUUGCUUUUUCAUACAUGAACCUUUUGACCCAGAUAUAAGAUGGUACUUUUCUUCCCUAGAAUAAAAUGAUAGAGAACGAGAGAGGCAAACACAUUUUCUCUUACAUACUAAUACUGAAUAAUUUAUUUGCUGUAAUUUUAACACUGGUCCAUGUUUCAAGAGGUCUCAGUCAGCUUGUUUGAUGUGCACUUGAAUUGAGUAGAUUGCAUUCAUUCUUGACCAAAUACUGUAAGGCUAUGUCCACACGAACACUGCUACUGUAAAAACACACAUUUUUCAAUGCACUUUGGCCUAAGCAGAAUCGUCAAACAACUAAGAAAUAUAAGUUUGGUCUUAAAAAAGUGUUUUCCAAAAACUGGUCUGUGACCCUGGCCCAGGUAAAAAGUAAUUCUAUAGUUGAGUCAAUACAGUAUAUACUUAUAGUAUGGGUAUUAUUUAUACUGUAUAUAUUAUUUCUCAUAGGGAUGUGUGGCAACUAUAUACCCCAACACUAAAAUUGACAGCGUACUAAUUCUAAAUAGUGUUUUUGUAAAACUUCAGAUUGACGUGGGGAAUAUAAAAUACAAUGUUAAUGUUUGUAUACAUAGAGUUGCCAACUGAGUGAUCAUUAGAAGGAAUGUGCACAAAAAGUUUGGGCUGGUGGCUAUGGAAACAGUUUUAUAAUAUAUUUUGGAUGUGGUCUUGGUAUACUCGGUUUUUUAAUUAUGUAAUAAUUUUCAGAAAUAUGGAAAGUGUCUACAUUUCACAGCUGCCGUAAUUUAGUUUUACAAAAUGUUUUCAUUCAUGGUGCAUUAGUGAUGUGUUUUGUCAUUAUGUAAAUUAAACUUUGUACCAUGCUCAUAAAUUGUACCUCUUUGUGACAUAUGGUAUGUUGAUGUAAUUAUUCCUGAAUUAAAAACACACUCA